CCGUCUGCCAAACAGUUCAAGAUUUGAAAACAUAAACAAAGACGUUUUGGUUCAAGAAGUUUAACGUACAGACUUUGCAAUAUCAUUUCAUCACCGCAGAAUCAUUUAUAUUUUUUACAAAAUGAAGGACAAGGAGUUAUACGAAAUGUUGAACGAAGAAAACAGACUGAAAAGCUUCAAGAAAUGGCCGUUUGGUAGCGAUACGUGCAUGAGCAAAGAGAAGAUGGCUGAAGCAGGAUUCUUCUUCACUGGCAGCAAAAAAGAACCAGAUCUUGCCAAGUGUUACAUCUGUCUCAAGGAAUUAGAUGGCUGGGAAGAAGAAGAUGAUCCUUGGGAGGAACACAAGAAACACGCACCAUACUGUCAGUUUAUUCAGCUCAACAAAAAGCCUUGUGAACUCACAGUACAAGAUACUCAUGAAUUGGAAAUGCACAGAAACAUGAAUGUUGGAAAAAAGGUCCUCUCAAAGAUGAUAGUCGAGUUCCAGAAACAGGCAGAAAAGACACGAAGUGUUAUGGAAGGCCUUGUCUGAGCUUAGGCAAUUGACUGCUUCCGAAGCAGUAAUGUUUUCGUGUGGAAGUAUCAUAGUGUGGUUGCUCUUUCACUUAUUUUAUUGAUACGUUUUUUAAAUUAUAAACUUGUAUGUGGCCUCAAAGUCAUAAGGUUCUAGUAUCAUAUGUACAUAGUUGACCCAAUACUCUGCCCCUAAUUCCUUUUCAACUAUGAUGUACCUCUUAUUAUUAUUAUUAAUAGGGCUUAGUUUUCCAGACCUCUUGAGUCGCAAGUAGACUCUUCUCGGGUUGGUUGUUGUACCUCUAAACUUGUGCUUUUCUGUCCAUUCUUUGUAUUAGUGUUUCUGUUUUUUUAUGGGUGAGCAUUAUUUUUUAAUUUGUACUUUGUGCAUGCAAAAUCUACCCUACAGAGGUGUGUGUUUGGGUUUUUAUAUCUUAUUUUUAUGUAAUGAGUAUCACCAUCAAUAUCUGGAGCAUACUCAAGUGAAGUCUUACUGAGAUUCAUCUAGAAAAUGCUGUAAGAAGUAAGUCACAGUUUUUUCCAGGAAAAGCUUAAAGAAGCAAAUCCCAUUACCUUUUAAAAUUAUUUUUAAGAGCAGUACUGUACUAGUUAUUAAGGCAGCGUUUUGUGUAGUAACUGUACAAAAUAAAGGCAUUCCCAAAUGUUUUACAAAUUGUAAGCAGUUCAAGAGUGUUUUAAAAAAUAUAUGUAUGGUGCCCCAUUACUUAAAAAAAAAAAUUAUACAGUUGCCAAGAGUUUAAUGAAACUCGUCCCCUGAAUGUUUUAAAAACUAUAGCAAAUUAAAAGGAACAUGUCGAGAAGUCUGCAGAAAUGGUUCUCAAACUACAAAAUAUGUUGCUUAGAAAGAAAAAUAUAACUUAAGACCUACUGUUAACGAAGCAGACUAGAAGGUAGCACAUUUGUUGACUGUAAGUUUGCAAAAAGUUCAGGGACUCUGUGUAAUGACAGAACAAGCAAUAUAGUCUCUCAAGCCGUGUUUUGUUAAUAAUUACUGUAAUAAUUACUGGGAUUACUAAACUGUGACCCUUUUUUAACAUGUAAUUAUCCUUGACAUUUAACUCCUUUAUUAUUAAUAUAAGGUAGCUUAUGAAGCCACUAAUCCAUAUUUCUGAACUUAUAGGACCCCAAAGGGUGCUUGGAAAGAAAAAAAUAAGGUAGUAUUUGUGUAUAAUUUGCUGAUAAGACAAAUUAUAAGUCAUAUUCACCUAAAAAAAAUUUAAGGUAACAGGUUUUUUUUUUUUUUCUUACAGAAGAUAUUAUUUACAAAUUCCAAAAUAUGGGUCACACAUGACGAGACCCAUUAACUAACGAUAAAACAUGUCAUACAAGAAUUAAUUCUAGCAUUUCUUAUUCAUUCAGUCAUCUGCAGCAUUUAAAUACAUUUCAGCCCUAUAUUGCCAUACAGGGUUAUUAAAAUAUAUGUAUAUAUAUUACAACAAAA